AUGGGAGGACUGGAUAAAUAGCAGGGGAGAUGCUGGUGAGGAUGAGAUGAGGUUCAGCAGAGGAAGUGGGAGGAUCGUGGCUCAAAAGUCAAUGCAACUGGACUGCAUCUCAACUCUCUCUCACUCCACACUUUCUACCUGUGCUGCAAGUUUUCAAACCGGCAUCUGCUGCACUCAGGUUUAAAAGAAGAAGGACCCUUCAUUCUCCGCCGCUUAAUUGACUGCUUCCGACCAAGAUGAUGAUCCUUAUCGCGGAGUUCUUCGUGGUGAUUCUCAAGGUGCUCUGGGCUUUUGUAACAGCCGGCUGUAAAUGGGUGGUGCGACCAAAGGAGAAGAGUGUGGCCGGACAGGUGUGCGUAAUCACCGGGGCUGGAAGUGGCCUCGGACGGCUCUUCGCCAAAGAGUUUGCCCGGAGAAGAGCCAUCCUGGUGCUUUGGGACAUUAACAGCCAGGGCAAUGAGGAAACAGCCGAGAUGGUGAGGCAGAUUUACCACGAGCUGGACACUCCCAUCACCAAAGACGGACCUGUUGGAGGGGUCGAGGAGGUCCCCCCUUUCCAGCCGCAGGUCUACACCUAUGUGUGUGACGUGGGGAAGCGUGAGCAUGUGUACGCCACAGCUGACAAGGUGCGUCGAGACGUGGGAAACGUGGACAUACUGAUCAACAACGCCGGCGUGGUCUCCGGACACCACCUCCUGGAGUGCCCUGAUGAACUGAUCGAGCGCACCAUGGUGGUCAACUGCCACGCACACUUCUGGACCACCAAGGCGUUCCUCCCCAAGAUGCUGGAGCUGAAUCACGGCCACAUUGUGACGGUUGCCAGCUCCCUGGGUUUAUUCAGCACAGCUGGAGUGGAGGAUUACUGCGCCAGUAAGUUCGGUGCCAUCGGGUUCCACGAGUCGCUCAGCCAUGAGAUAAAAGCCUCAGAGAAGGAGGGCAUCAACAUGACUCUGGUUUGUCCUUACCUGGUGGACACGGGAAUGUUCAAAGGCUGCCGGAUAAGGAAGGAGAUUGAGCCUUUCCUCCCCCCCCUGAAGCCAGAGUUCUGUGUGAAGCAGUCGAUGAGGGCCAUCCUCACCGACCAGCCCAUGAUCUGCACGCCUCGCAUCGUCUAUAUGGUCAACUUCAUGAAAAGCAUCCUCCCCUUCGAGGCCAUCGUCUGCAUGUACCGGUUUUGGGCGCCGACAAGUGCAUGUACCCGUUUCUGGCUCAGAGGAAGGAGGCGAUGAACAACAACGAGGCGAAGAACGGGAUCUAAGGAGGCGCUGUUUGUCACGCGAACAGAGGCACAUAAACCUGCAUGAGGAAACAACCACUGAGGAUGAAGAUGGGGAAAGGAGGAAGAGGAGGAGAGACUGAGUUAGACUGGUGCACUUGCAUUGAGCAGAUGCAAAGGUUUACCAUAUCGUUCUUCUGGAACAAAGAAAGCUGUGUACGACACAAAGGAUUUAUUUGACAUUGUUUUGUCUUUUUUUGUAAGUUUAAAGAAACCAACACCUAUAUACUGUGUCACUAGUUUUUUGAAAUCAUACAGAAAAAGCUAUCCUAUAAUUAACUAUUUACGUAAUGUAGUCACCAGCCUUAUCUAGUGUCAUUGUGGAAAUAUACAGUAUGUUACUGUACAGACAGUAAAACAUGUUUUUCACUUUUGUUUUAUUUUUGUAGACAUGCACUGUAAUUCAGAUUGUUCUCUACACGGCCAGCGCUCUGUGUGUAGGGCGGGAACGCAGCAUUUCAAAGUCUCCCGAGGCUCUUUCAGGACAUUGGUUUUGCAGCUUAACGACGAUUUAAAGAUAAAGACGUCGCCAUAACCCCGUGUUGUUAAAUCACCGACAUGUAGCACACGUGUUGAAGUCUACGUGUUCCUGACGGGACGUUUAACGGCCAGAUCGUGGCUGAAAUCUCCAUUUUAUUUCAGGUGUGUGUGAGAAAACAUGCGAGGUUGAACGAGCAGUCACUCCUGCGUUUGGGGGAGAAACCGAGAGGAAAUGUGUUUAUUUUCCAGAUCUGUGGUGUUUAUAUUGUAAAUGUAUCUGUUACCAAUAUUAUUUGUUAAAAAAAAAAGAAGGCUGUCCCAGUAACACUAACUGUCCCGUUAAAUGUCUAAAUGUUGUCGAGGUGACUGUCUCACCAUAUUUGAUGUAUGAAUAUUUUAUAUACCUUUUGGGACGACGACUUUUUGAAUUUCAACGACAUUCCAGUAGGUCUCACCCCCCCCCCCCCCCCCCCCGUCACAGCGAUGAGCCUAAAUUCUCUACCUCUUAAUUUUUGCCAUUUCUUUUUUUUGACAGUAUGACAUAAGCCUAUUUUUUUGUAAUUUUUUUCUGAAGACCGCUCCAUAGCCGAGCAAAAUGUGGUUCCAAUGUUCAGUGUCUCUACCUAACUUAAAUUAAUAAAAGUGAUUUAGAUUAUUA